GCCACGCUCUAAACCCCUCCUCCCUCCCCACUCGCGCCGCCGCCGCCGCCCCAGAUCCGGCCGCCAUGUCGACGGAGAAGAAGCAGGCGAACCCCAUGCGGGACAUCAAGGUGCAGAAGCUCGUCCUCAACAUCUCCGUCGGCGAGAGCGGAGAUCGGCUCACCCGUGCCUCCAAGGUGCUGGAGCAGCUGAGCGGACAGUCACCGGUGUUCUCCAAGGCGAGGUACACUGUGAGGUCUUUCGGUAUCCGGCGUAAUGAGAAGAUUGCGUGCUACGUGACGAUCAGGGGCGAGAAGGCGAUGCAGCUGCUGGAUAGUGGCCUCAAGGUGAAGGAGUACGAGCUGCUCAGGAGGAACUUCAGCGACACCGGAUGCUUUGGGUUCGGUAUCCAGGAGCACAUUGAUCUUGGCAUGAAGUAUGACCCAUCCACUGGUAUCUAUGGUAUGGACUUCUUCGUCGUUCUGGAGCGUGCUGGGUACCGUGUUUCCCGCCGCCGCAGGUGCAAGGCCCGCAUUGGCAUCCACCAGAGGGUCACCAAGGAGGACGCAAUGAAGUGGUUCCAGGUCAAGUACGAGGGUAUUAUCCUCAACAAGUCCCAUGCGGGCUAAGAGAAGAACGCAGCUUUCGUUAGACCCUGAGUUAAUUAAGUUGGCCUGGUUGCUGGAUAUGUAUGUUCCUUAGAAACCAAAUGCUUUGUCAGUUUUUGCCUGUACUGAAGUUGGAUGAUUUUGGUUUGAUGACCCGCACUCUCGUCUAAGUAAGAGGCUCACUUAUGCUUUAUCCUCUUUGGACAAUAGAUAUAUGUUUGGCAUAUGAGAUAACCUGCUUUGUUUGGUCA